AUGGCAAGUAAAGAGCUAUACCCCGAAAAGCGCGACAGAUUUUCCCGAUACAGCUUCAACAUCAACUCGGACGAGAUGCAGAACUCGACUAACUCUAUUCGUGAGUUACGGGAUAUAGUUGCAAACAAUCCAGAUACAUCCGUGGCGUUAUCUCCCUCCUUGUCUUCGAACAUAAUGCAAGAUACGCUUAAUCCAAGCAUGACCAGCUCUUCUGUCACUCCCAAGAAACGCCGACGUCCUGCACUUGCCUGUACACGUUGCCGCUCUCGUAAAGUAAAGUGCGAUCGGAAUUUACCAUGUAAUCAAUGUAUUCGCAUGGGUUGUACAAGACAGUGUACAUUUACGCUGGAUGAGAGGGUUCCAGAGAAGCACCCGGCUCGAAAGAACGAGACACCGCAUCAGACGCCGCAACAGCAGAUCGUUCUGAGUCCGCCAACAAGCAUAUCUUCAGUCGGAGAUGAUCAAAUUCGGGACAAGCCAGCAGUGGCUAAUGACCUUGCGGUGAAGUCUCGGGGCAGCAUCUGGCGAAGACAGUUGUUUGAUCCCUAUCUGUGCCACGCUUCCCCUAUAGAGGAGACUGGCCAAGGUGUUCAGCUUGACCCUGGCUCUUCGCGCUCUAACUCUUCGAAUGUAGAUGACGCUCCAGCCGAUCAUUUUCACAAGAUCACCUCAUCCAUGAUAUUUAGUAGAAAUAAACACAGUGACACAACACAGUCAAGUCGGACCUCGGAGACGGCACUCCAAGCAGCUCUUGAUAAACUUGAGCAAUUAUCGACAUUCUCGAAGGACCUUCAGGAAACUCAGGACGGACAUGGGUCCAAUGCUAAUCAAGCUCUCAUUGAUGGCGUCAAGGAUCUUGAAAAGAAACUUUCAGGUGCCCUUGAGUUGGAACGUGCAAAGAAGAAACCCCUCCCAGAUCAUGUCACCAGCGAGGAGUUGCCGGCUGGGUGGACAUUCGAGAAGACUCGACUCUUCGCGCAAGGACAUUGGCGUAGCUGUCUCGAGAAGUUCUGUCUAAUCCUACGUGUCUACCACAAAGCAGAACGCGAGCCAGACGCGGAGGUGCCGCGUCUGCUUGGCCAGUGUAAACAGCUCGCAAGGGAAAUCAAGAGGCCGGUUGAUGUGCCAGUGAUGGCCACGUCGGAACUAUAUACCAUUCUGCCUCCGAAAGAUAUUGUAGAUCGACUAGUCACUGCAUAUCUCAGAACUUUCGAAGGUGUCUAUCGUGUAGUUCAUGUACCGACCUUCCGAAGAGACUACACCAGGUUCUGGGACAACCCGCAAACGGCGUGUGCGCCCAUUUUCAUGAAAAUCUUAGCAAUGAUGUCGAUAGGUGCUUGCUUCGUCGACUUUGCCGAAACAACGCAUGCCAGCAGGCUCGUGGCCGCGCAGUGGAUACACCGAGUUCAAGCAUGGCUCAGCACGCCCAACGAGAAGCCUCGCACAAACAUUGCAGGGCUCCAGAUCCAUUGCUUACUGCUGAUUGCUCGCCAGGCCCUCGGCAUCGGGGGAGACAUGACGUGGCUGUCUGCUGGAACUCUUCUCCGAACCGCUAUACACAUGGGACUACAUCGCGACCCUAGCCACAUACCAUGCAUGUCCGUCUAUCAAUCUGAGAUGCGUCGUCGACUCUGGGCCACUGUUGUCGAGCUCAACCUUCAAGGCGCCAUGGACUCUGCUGCUUCCCCUCUCCUCUCCAUCAACGACUAUGAUACAGCGAGUCCUUCCAACAUCGACGACGAGCAACUUUCCGAAGAUUGCCGCGAAAUGCCCACGACAAAGCCCCUCGACCAAUAUACGUCUACAUCCAUGCUGGUCUUGCUGAACAAGACCUUUCCCAUCCGUCUCGAGAUUGCCACCCAACUCGCAGACUUUCGCAAAGAUCUCACAUAUCAGGGCGUCCCGCGGCUCGGUAACGAUCUCUCAGCUCAAUGCCGUACCAUACAUCGGCUCUUCCGCAUCUAUGCCAAAGCAACCACACCACCACGCGACUUCCAUACCAAGCUCAUCGAUCUACUCACUCAUCGCUUUCUGAUCUCAUUGCACUCAGGCUUCGCACUACAGUCAUUUGACAAUGCAAAUUUGUACUACUCGCACAAAGUCUGUAUGGAGUGCGCAGUAUUCAUCGCCGGUGCCCAGACUGAUCCUGCAGAUAAAUAUUCGUUCUACCGGGUCAAGUUGCUUGGUAGUGGCAUGUUUAGGGAUGUGUACAUCCUAUGCUUUUUGUUCAUAAGUCUGGACAUCAUGAGCAAGUUCGAAGAACAGUCAUAUUUGGCUUCUGCGGCACAGGAGACGAAUCGGCGAGAACUAUACGGUAUGCUGGAGGAGAAUGCUAGGAUGCUGCGAGAGCGGACGAGAGUGGCAGAGACGAACGUUAAAGGUGCGCUAAAGUGGGAUUGUGUCAAGGCGCAGAUCGAUGCCAUGGAGGCCGGGGCCGAGCAGAGUGAGAUCGAAGAGAAGAUACUGGCGGCGGCAAAGAAGAGCUUGACGGAGAGUAUUGCAGUGUUUAAAGCGAGGCUUGCGGAGAUGAACGCUGGAAGAGAAGGUGAAAUGGUAGUACCAGCUCAAAUUGACACCAUGAUGGGUGACGCAUGGCCGGAUGAGAAUGCGUUUGACAUGCUCAAUAACUUCAAUUUCAAUAUCCCAGACUCGUGGUUAUUUCCGACAGGAGCUGCUGUAGACGGCGGGUUUUGGUCUUUGAAAGCGUGA